CUCCGCUACAGGAAGUGCGAGGGGUGUUCCCGUCGCAAUUCCAGCUGAUCUAAUACGGCAGACGGAAGUCAGCCCUCCUCAUUUGUUUUCAUACUGCUACUCAAAAGUAUUGUCAUUACUCAGGUGUUGCGGUGACCGACAGUGGAAUGCGUCUGUGUGAAAUAUCGUAAAGAAUAAGGGACGAGGGAUUUCUGGUUAUUACGGAACUGGGGGUCUCCUUGCCCCUGUACCCACAACACCUCGCCGUGGAGUGCUUCUCCCUCCCGGGUGAUUGCUCUGUAGCAGAACUGUCAUGCGAUCAGAGAGGGGAUGGCAUCCUUUCCGAGUUAUUGUAAGACAGUCGGGACAGCGGAGGAGGAAAACGGCGACUUGGACCAGUCUCUGCAACAAAUGUUAAAGGCCAUCGCAGAUGAAAGGAAUCGCCUCAACAUUCGGCAGGAAAUUAGUGGUCUUGGGUGUUUCAAGGACGACCGCAUCGUCUUCUGGACAUGGAUGUUCUCCACCUACUUCAUGGAGAAGUGGUCAGUUGUCCCGGGCCAGGACGACAUGCUCUUCUACGUCCGCAGGAAGCUCUCCUACGUCAACCCAGACAACACGGAAGGCAAGAAGGUGGAGGUGGAGGUGUACAGGAGGGACUCUAAGAAGCUUCCAGGGCUGGGUGACCCCGACAUCGACUGGGAGGAGAGCGUCUACCUCAACCUCAUCCUGCAGAAGCUGGACUAUGUGGUCACCUGUGCGGUGUGCACCCGUUCCGAAGCAGGAGACAUUCACAUCCACAAGAAGAAAUCCCAGCAAGUCUUCGCCUCCCCCAGUAAGAACCCGAUGGACAGUAAAGGGGAGGAGUCUAAGAUGAGCUACCCAAACAUCUUCUUCAUGAUCGACAACUUUGAAGAGGUGUUCAGUGACAUGACGGUGGGGGAGGGGGAGAUGGUGUGCGUGGAGCUGGUGGCCAGCGACAAGAGCAACACCUUCCAGGGAGUCAUCUUCCAGGGGUCCAUACGCUACGAAGCACUCAGGAAGGUCUACGACAACCGGGUGAGCGUGGCGGCCAAGAUGGCGCAGCGCAUGUCCUUUGGCUUCUACAAGUACAACAACAUGGAGUUUGUGCGCAUGAAGGGGCCGCAGGGCAAAGGUCACGCUGAGAUGGCCGUCAGCCGCGUGCCCACCGGGGACACCUCACCAUGCAACACAGAGGAGGACCAGGACUCACCCAUGCACGAGAGGAUGACGUCGUUCAGCACCCCCCCCACCCCCGAGCGUAACCGGCCCUCGUUUUUCUCGCCGUCUCUGCGCCGCAAGCUGCCGCGCACACUGGCCGAGAUGAAGAAGUCGCACUCGGCCAACGACAGCGAAGAGUUCUUCAGGGAGGAGGACGAUGCAGACUAUGGGGUUCCCACUAAUCUGCGUUCGCGUUCGCUCUCCGGCACGAGCCGCUCCCUGGUGGGCUCCUGGCUCAAGCUGAACCGCACUGAGGAGUACUUCCUGCUCUACUCCCACCUCACUUACGUUACACUCCCACUACACCGCAUCACCACAGAUAUCCUGGAGGUGAGACAAAGACCCAUCCUGAUGACCUAGCCAAACGCCUGACUGUCCAAGACACUCACUACCAAGUGCCUAGCUGCAUCAGGCCACUGUCUCAACACUACCACCUAGUGUCCGGACACUAUAACACCAAAACCCAAACAGGAGAGAGGCGAGAGAAAGAGAGAUAGAGAAAUGAAAAGAGAGAGAGAGAGAGAGAGAGAGAGAAUGUGUACUGUGAGUGAAUCGAACAAGUGGACAAACAGGAGAACUACACAGAACAAACAAUAACGAAAAGAAAAAAAACACAAUUGUAAGAAAAUAAAAGAAAAAAAGGAGGAAAAAAACAGAAACAACUCAAAACCAGCCAGCCAAUCAAAAAGUGCCUCUUCCAAUGGUUCUAUCACCACGGCCCUGCCCCUCCCCUCUGUGUGUAGGGGAUGGAGGGAGUGAAGGAGGAAGGAGGGUGCGAGUGAGCUAGUCUAGUCUCCAUGGUAACACCAAACAUCUUCUAGUAGAGUAAGAUAAAUCACACGACGCCUACCCAAUUCAAAGGAGUGUGCUGAAGUCUGGUCUCCUAAUAUAAGGGGAGCGUCGUCCCCUCCUUAUUCUUCUCCUUCUGUGGCGUUUGGUGGUGGCUUGCAUAAGAUGUGCACUACCGCCAUCUACAGCGCUAAGAGAACUCCAUUUAUUCUCAACCGUAAGUCUCCUAAAAGUCUCCUAACCUAAGGUCUCCAAAAGGGGUGUUCACCUAACGUCACAUGGAUCAUGGGAAAGUACAGGCUUGAUUUAUCUUACUCUACUAGAAGAUGUUUGGAAACACCACUAUGGACAUCAGGCACAGGAGCAUCCUGGGUAAAAAAAAAUAUAUAUAUAGCAUUUAUAAAAAUGUUAAAAAGCCCAUCAGACAUUUCAGGCAAGUCACCUGCUUCAAGGUCUGUUGGAGAAGCCAAAAGAAACAAGGCUUUUCUUAUUUAUGUCUUUUUUUUUUUCUUUCUUUCUUUUUUUUUUUUUUUUU